CAGUAGCAGAAGUGUGGGGUUUUUUUGUUUGUGCCUCCGCGUGGAGGGAAGAAAGAGUUCCGCCCACCUCCGCUGCAAGGUUCAGUCCACCCCAAUAACCGUUAUUUACGUCGGUAAAUUUUGAUUCAAAAUUCCCCCGUUGCUAGCAAAAAAAUCACUACACUUCGGUAUUGUCAUCGUAGGGCGGUCCCAGUCGAGGGUUACAUGCUUGUACCGUUCCUCGUUUUCAUUGUAGAAGUCCACAUAUUUUCGCGGAAAAGGAUACAUUUUCCUCCCCAUUCUUUGCAUGGUAGUUGCCAGUUCAGCUCUGUUUUCAAGCCGGUCCAAGAUGGAUGCGGAGUUGUAGAAGGGUAGCAGUAAAGCUCGGAAUAAGCAACCUAGCUUUAGCUUAAACCGAAUCCGAGCUGACAAUUGAGGAAAACAAGUUAAACAAAACGUUUUUCAGCAUUUUGUUGCGACGUAGUUCCUUUAUCCUAAUACAUUUUUGCCACAAUGAUCGAAUCAAUCCUUGCAUGACUCGGUAGAAGGCUAAUUUGAAUAGCUACACAGCUAGCACAGCACAUACAGCGACAAUAAGUACCGCAGCACGAGAAUGGGAGAGCGGCUAGAACUCAAGCUGAAAUCGCCAGUUGGAGCAGAACCCGCGAGUUACCCAUGGCCGUUACCAGUAUACGAUAAACACCAUGACGCUGCUCAGGAGAUUAUUGAAACAAUACGGUGGGUUUGUGAGGAGAUCCCCGACCUUAAGCUGGCCAUGGAAAACUACGUGCUGAUCGACUAUGACACAAAAUGCUUUGAGAGCAUGCAGAGGCUGUGUGACAAGUACAACAGGGCCAUCGACAGCAUCCACCAGCUGUGGAAGGGCACCACGCAGCCGAUGAAGCUGAAGAGGCGCCCGUCCCCCGGCCUGCUCCGGCACGUCCUGCAGCAGGUGUACAACCACUCGGUCACCGACCCCGACCGGCUCAACAACUACGAGCCCUUCAGCCCGGAGGUGUACGGCGAGACCUCCUUCGACCUGGUCACCCAGAUCAUCCAGGAGAUGGACAUGGUGGAGGAGGACACCUUCGUGGACCUGGGCAGCGGGGUCGGGCAGGUCGUGCUCCAGGUUGCUGCGGCGACCAGCUGCAAGCACUACUUUGGGGUGGAGAAGGCGGAGACACCGGCCCGCUACGCAGAGUCGAUGGACAGAGAGUUUAAGAGGUGGAUGAAGUGGUACGGGAAGAAGCACGGGGAGUACACGCUGGAGCGGGGUGACUUCCUGUCCGAGGAGUGGAAAGACAGGAUAGCGAACGCCAGUGUGAUAUUUGUGAAUAACUUUGCCUUUGGUCCCGAGGUGGAUCACCAGCUGAAGGAGCGGUUUGCUAACAUGAAGGAAGGUGGCAAAAUCGUGUCCUCAAAACCUUUUGCGCCUUUAAACUUUAGGAUCAACAGUCGAAACUUGAGCGACAUCGGUACCAUAAUGAGGGUGGUGGAGCUCACCCCUCUGCGUGGAUCAGUGUCCUGGACCGGAAAACCAGUGUCUUAUUACCUGCACACCAUAGACCGCACCAUACUUGAAAAUUAUUUCUCUUGCCUGAAGAAUCCAAAACUCAGGGAGGAACGAGAAGCAGCUAGGCGCCGACAACAGAAGGAGAACAGAGACAGCAAAAGCUCCUCCACAGCUAAGGUGCUGUGCAGGGAGGGGGGGCGUUUGGGGCUCCUGGCGCUGAAGGACUCCCCCGCGCCGCGGCGGUCCGGGCUCAUGGGGAAGGCCUGUAAGCUGGGCGGCGGCGGCGGAGGGAGGCGGGGCCGGCCCAGGAAGGGCGUGGCCUCGGCCGCCAUGGAGCGCCAGAACAGGAAGAACCAGCGAGCCCUGGAGCUGCUGCACGCCCGGACCCUGGCAGCAGCGCCCCCGCAUGACGCCUACAGGUCCCCUCAGAGGUCCCACUACCAGCUUACCCACAAGCCCCAGCGCGGCUCCUACGGCCAGUGGCUCCUGGCCCCCACCCCCCCGGCCCUGCAGCACCUGCUGGAGAGCAUAAAGGCUCAGUACCUACACUUCAUGUCCUACAUGAAGACCCCUCAGUACUGCUCCAACCUACAUCAGGUGCUGCAGCAGGAGAAGAGGAAGCACAGCGAGCUCUUGUGUCGCGUGAGGCAGCUGUACCGGGCCUGUCAGUCUCACAAGGAGAGGAUCAAAGGGCUGUUUCAGGGGAAACUGGAGGAGCUGGGAGUGCGGGCCCUGACUGUGGAGGAUCUGCUGCAGGCUCGGAGGGAGAUCUCCACCCACAACCAGCAGCUGAAGGAGAAGAGUCUGCAGCUGGAGAAGGACAUGGCCGACCUGCGGCGGCACAGCCUGGCCAUGCUGAAGGCUCGUUGUGAGGAGCUGAAGCUGGACUGGGGCUCUCUCUGUUUGGAGAGUUUACUGAAGGAGGGCCAGGCCCUGCGGAGCCAGAUCUCUGAGAAACAGCGCCACUGCCUGGAGCUGCAGAUCAGCAUCGUGGAGCUGGAGAAGAGCCACAGGCAGCAGGAGCUGCUGCAGCUCCGGGCCUACAGUCCCUGCGAGGACUCCCCCCGCCACAGGAGUCCGCCUAGCCUGGACCCCGAGAUGCCCAAGCUGGGCCCGGCCGACGCCCUGACCAAUGGGCGGAGCCCGGAGGCGGCCGUCAACGGGACCGCCUCCCCCCGCUUCGACAGGGGGGCCGCAAGGGCCGAGCUCCUGCCCCGCUACCUGCCCUCCCCCGACCACGAGCCGGCCGCCCCCGCCCCCGAAGCUCGGCACCGGCCGCCGGGCCUCCCCCUGCCGGACUACACCCGCUUCUCGCCCGCCAAGAUCGCCCUGCGCCGCCACCUCAACCAGGAGCCCUGCCACGCCUUUCCCCAGGGCCCUGAGUCCGGCGCUCAGAGGGGGGAUGUUGGAAAAGAGGGGCUCCUCUUGCCCCCUCCCAUCACUGCCAGACAGUACAGCGCCUCCCCCACAGCCUCCGAAACGCCUCACAGGACCACGCCCAAACCUGCAGAGCGGGUGAGUAGAAGCCCGGCUGGCUCCGUUGGCGAGGGCAUCACCAGCCUGCCCGUCAGGAUUCCGCUCAGCACCGUGCACCCCUGCAAACUGCCUGUCAGCAUCCCCCUCGCCAGUGUGGUGCUGCCCAGCCGAGCCGAGAGACUGAGGAGCACCCCGAGCCCCGUGUCACAUGACAAGCUGAACGGUCACAUGAACGGCAGGCAGCCUCACACCCCCACCUCAGGGACAGCAAUAGUAAACGGUGCUUCACGCUGCGGGACGGUCCUGCUGGAACAGAGUCCCGGCCCUUCCUCCUCCUCCUCUUCCUCGUCCCCUCGGCCGCACAGCACCCCGCAGACGGGGCUGCGCAGCCCUGCAGCCGGGCCGGGGGGGGCGCUGCAGAACGAGCCCCGCCCCCACCCCCCCGAGGGCGAGGGCCGUCGCCGCUUCUUCAUCUCCUCUUCCUCUUCCUCCUCUUCCUCCCCCUCGAGGGGCUCCCGGCGGCAAGCCGACGCGGACGAGGGAGGCCGCGAUCGCCACGGCGACCAUCACCGGCGCCACGGCCACAGCCAUCACCACCACCACCGCCACCAUCGCCACGGUCACCAUCGGCACGGUCACCAUCGCCACCGACGCCACCGCCACCAUUCACAGGAAGGGGGGAAGCACAGGAGGAGGAAGCGCAGGUCGUCCGGGCUCCCCCCCACAGAGGGGGGGUCCUCCAAAAAGAGGGCCGUCCCGGGGCUGGGCGGCCACCCCUCCGCCUCCCCCCUCGACAUGGGCUCUAUGGUGAGCAACAUCAGCCAGCCGCUGGAGAUCGAGGCCAUCUCGUCCCCGGAGCCCAGCACGCCUGGCGGCCCCCGCGGCCCCCACCACGGGCACGACCUGGACCAGCCACCCGUGCUGAAGCGAGAGCGCCCCCUGGAGGUGAACGGGCGUGGGCGCGACUCCUCCCCCGCCAGCUCUGACAGCGCGGGACCCAGGGACCGCCCCCGCACGCGGCCCGAGAGGCUCUUUCCCUCGGACAACAGAGACGGUCUGUCAGCAGCCAAUCAGAAGGGUGGGGCUUCGCUCGGCAGGAAGUCCAGCGGCCUUAUGGGAAAUGAAGUCCUGGCUUCGUCCUCGUCGUCUUCUUCCGGCAAGUGGAAGUCCACCUUCUCCCCGAUCACGGACCCCAAGCAGCCCCCGCCCGACCUGAGACGGGGGGCGUCGCCCUUCGGGGCGGGGGGCGGAGAGGGGGGCGGAGAUUCUGACUCUGAUGACGGACCGCGGCGGAGACGAGGGGCGGAAAGCGGGGCGGAGUCUCCGUUUGACGCUGCGGGACCCUCCCAGCUGAAACGCAGCCCCCUCCUCCCGCCCCAGGACCCGGGGGGGCCCGAGCCGCAGAACCCCAGAGGGAGGGCCGGGAAUGGCGGUCAGAACCCCUUUGGGGGCGGCGGCGCCCCCGGCAGGAACGCGGAAGCCUCUGCGGCAUCGGCCGGGCCCUACCCAGGCGGGCCGCCCCCUCCUGCGGGGGCUUCUGUCCUUCAGCCUCGUUUCGGGGGCCAGGCGGCCGCGCCCGCGCCGGGAGCCCCGCGAAUGGUGAACGGGCACACGGCCCACGGCACCGCCCCGACCUCCGGGCCUGCGGGGGGCGCUGCAGGAGGAUUUUCCCGCCACACUGUGACUCCGCCCACUUUUCGCCAGGCUGGGAUAGCCCCCCCGGGGGGUGCAGUGCUCCGCCCCUCUCCUCUCAGCUUCUCCCCGCCCUCGCACCCCCAGCUCCAGCGCAGCGAGCCCCGCCCCCUCCCCCCACCCAGCCCCGCCCACCAGGACCGCGCCCACUCCGUCCUGCGCUGCCCUUCGCCCCCCGUUCUGUCCCUGCCCCCGCUCCCCCCGCUGCUCACCGCCUCCCCGCCCCAGCCCCUCCUCUCCCGCUCUGACUCCGCCUCCCCAGCACCCCUCCCUCACCAGGCCCAGAGGAGACCUUCCUCCCUCUCGCUCUCCUCCUCCUCUUCCUCUGCUUCCGCUGCUCCUGGUGCUCCUCCUUCUUCUACCCGCGGCUCCCUCCCGCCACGCCCCCCCGCCCGGCCCGCGCCCCAGGCCACGCCCCCUCUGCCUCCAUUCAGUGCCCGGGGCGAUGGGUGGGGGGGUUCUUACACCUCCGCCCCGCAGACCCCCUCUGUCCGGCCCAGAUAGGACCGGGGCGGGGGGGUGGGGGAGGGGGAGAGAGGGGAGUGGAGAGAAAGCCGUAGGACUAUGGAGGUGGGGGGGGGGGGGAGGCACGUCUGCUCAACGUUGUCUGAGGAAAAGGUAACUAAAGCCAUCUACCUCAACCCAACCCAGCCCAACCCAACCCAACCGAUGCAACGGACAACCCUGCACCAAGGGGAGGGGCCUAUUCUGGUGCUCAGACGUUUGGAGAUCGCCCCCUGCUGUCAACAGGGGUACAAAGCACAAAGAGUUGUCCUGUCCACAACCUCUCUCUAGGAGGGAUGACUUCAACCCCUGUGUGUGUGUGUGUGUGUGUUAGGGGUGCGAAAGUUACCGGGGUGGACUCUGACUGUUACCCCGCCCAAAUUUAACGGUGAGCCAGAGUCUGAACAGGAACCCUCCAUACCAGCGUCAAUAUGGGUAGGGGGAAAUGAACAUGUACUGCAUUUUCACAUUUGUGCAUUCAUUUGUGUAUAUUUACAUGUAUAUAUUUGUAUAUAUGUGUGUUUUGUGAAGUGUGUGUGUGUGAGAAUAUAUAUAUUUAUACGUUUGUGUGUGUGUGUGUUUGGAGUUGUUGUUUGGAAUAUCCAUUUCUAAUCAUGUAUUUGGAUUUGCGAGUCUGUUUUGUUGAGUCUGUACAUUGUGUGUGGGUGUGGGUCUGUAUGUGUAACUGGGUGUGAUGAAUUGUGCAGCUACAUCCUGCUUGUGUCCACAGUCUCUGUCGCUAGUCGCUAGCUUACACGAUCUCUUAAAAAUUACUUGAUGGUUUAAAAUCAGCUAAAUCCCAACUGUUUUUGUUCCGUUGUGAGCCGCAGAUUAUGUUUUGCAAAUGAUUUCUGGCUCAUGUUUAAAGGACGUAAGGGAAUCAUGAAUUAAAAGCUUUAUUACGAUAAACGGACACAGACCGAGCUGAAAUGAAACCAGACCAACUGAGCAGAUGUGUCUGUGCUGUCAUAUCAGGGACUGCAUGACUAUAACUGACAGACAUGGGGUCUCAACCACUUUGAUUAAGCCAGCUAUGGCUAGCAGUUGUCAGGGCAACAUGCUCCUUUGAUUGGCGUUAGUUCUCUUGUAGUACUGUGCAGACUGUUGUUUACGAAAUAGUCACUGGCUCUCCUGUGUGUGGCCUGUAAGGUGUAAAAUAGUCACUGGCUCUCCUGUAGUACUGUGUGGCCUGUAGGGUGUGGAAUAGUCCUGCUUUUGAGGGAGUGUUUCAGAGCAGCAAUUGCUACAUUUAAAUUACAUUGAAAUGUAGACAGACAAGACUGAGCGAGCGGUCGGCUGUGGUGUUGGACAGUUGCCAGACUCCUCACCCUCUUUGGGAUGUUAUCUGUGGUCAGGCAGACAUCGCAGGGCCCACAGAAUAACCCCCCCUCCAUUAAAUGGUGCUAUUAAAAUACAUCUCUUUUUUUAAAUUUGUGAAAUGCUACUGCCUCAGGAAGUCAGUGGCUUUGUGUUUGCACGGCUGUGGGGUUUGAAGCAGCCGGCGAUGAAUGAUUAACUCUGCGCACUUUCCGUGUUGCAGACUCUCUGGCCCAUUGGAUCUCCCAGCUGAUGGGGUUUCGCCCGCAGACACUUUAAUGUUUAGCCCGCGGGCGGCCGGCAGUAGCGGCAGCCGCGGGCGAUCGAGCCCCUGCUUUUCCCUUAAUCGCUCAUCAUUGGCUGGUUUCGGUUGACCCUCCAGUGGGUACAUGCCCAGCGUGCUUCAGUGAACACUCCCAGCAUGCCUCUUGUUUUUUUGUCCCGUGACGAUGCCAGAGUUGCGGCUGUGUUGUGUUUUUUUUUGUCACGGGGCAGAAGCUCACGCAGCUCAAAAGGAGAACCAGUUUCGGCCACUUUUAAAACCUCAGCUGCGGGGGGGGCAGGGGGGGAGGGGUUUCGAUCUUCGUGCAGUCAGCAGACACGGUGUAAAAACGACCCGUUACCCCCCCUCCCCCCCGCUUCAAGCGCAGGCAGGCUGGAGUCGGUCAGCCUCGCAGUCGGACGUGUUCAGACACGGCUGGACUGCCUGGGGGGAAACGAGGCGGGCGGGGGCGGGGGCGGGGGUGGGGGCGGGGGCGGGGCUCGCUCUGUCCCUUUGGCACACCCCCGCAGAGGGAACACGGACAGCGUCUGGAGGCCUGAUUCAGGCUCGCUUGCGGCUCGCUUGCCCAGUUUGGCGCGUGAUUCUGAUUGGCGGUGCCCCUGGAGACGGUUGCCGUGAAAACAGGCGGGAGCGCUGACUUCACAGAGACGUCUCGCAGGAGGCGAGGGCGAGGGCGAGGGUUAGGCAGCUCGGCAUCAGUUUCUUACUUCACAUUGAUUUGGGUAUUUUGUCAGUACGGCACUCAAUAAAGAUAAUGUGGCUGUGGUGCCUGGAUGAUGAUGAUACACAUGGAAGUUCCUCAGUCCGGUUUUAUAUGUUACCGUGCGCUUACUUCAGUAGACCUUGUGGAUUCAAAAUGUAUGUUGAAUGCACAAAAAAAAAAAAAGGAUUUUUCAUUUUUUACCCCAGAUCAAGCUCAGCUUGCAUCUGGUGAAUCUUUUUCAGAGUCUCUGGUUGAUGUCCUUCGGUCGCUGCACAGAAGAGGAGAGUGGGGGGGGGGGGGGGUCUCAGAUUUCAGGUCACACUCGAGGGGGGGGGGGGGGGUGCUAUCGGUGCUAAGCCCAGUCCCUUCACUUCACAGCCUUCCUUUCUGCCACCGGUACAGCCAGCCAGUGCUCAGUACGCCCCCCACACGCCGGCCUGCUGGUGCACGUGUCCUGUGUGCUCCUUCAGUCUCGGGCCUGUUUCGCCCUUCCUCUGAAACGUUGCUGUAACAGUAGAGUGGUAUAGAAUGGUAGUUCUAUAGGUUCUCUGUUAUUGGGACGGAGUUCUAUAGAGUGGUAGUGGCAUAGGUAACGUGGUAGUGGUAUUGGUGGCAUUGGUAUAGACUGCUAAUGGUUUAGAGGUGUGUAGACUGGUAUUGGUAUAGCGUGGUAGGGGUAUUAAUAUUGAGUUAUAUAGUCUGGUAUUGGUAUAGAGCGUUUUGUGGUGUACCGGUAUUGGUGGCAUUGGUAUAGACUGGUAUUGGUGUAGGGCGUUAGUGGUGGACUGGUAUUGGUAUAGAGCUUGGUAUAGUGGUAUUGGUGUAGACCUGUAUAGACUGGUAUUGGUACAGAGCAGUAGUGCUGUACAGGUAUUGGUAUAGAUGUGCAUAGACUAGUAUUGGUAUAGAUCUUGGUAUAGUGGUAUUGGUAUAGACCUGUAUAGAGCUUGGUGUAGUGGUAUCGGUGUAGACCUGUAUAGACUGGUAUUGGUAUAGAGCAGUAGUGGUGUAGUGGUAUUGGUAUAGAGCAGUAGUGGUGUAUUGGUAUAGAUGUGUGUAGACUGGUAUUGGUAUAGAGCUUGGUAUAGUGGUAUCGGUGUAGACCUGUAUAGAGCUCGGUAUAGUGGUAUCGGUGUAGACCUGUAUGGACUGGUAUUGGUAGUAGAGCAGUAGUGGUGUAGGUGGUAAACAGUAGUAGUGGUGUGGUAUAUAAGCAGUGUUGGGGUUUCUGAUAACCGCACAGCAGUGGAUGCUGCAGUUUGUCCAUGUCUGGGCGGUGCCUGUUGCGGGUGCGGCAGUGAGCACGUCUGCAGUGAUGCAUCCGUGACGCUUCCAGGGCUCAGCGACGCUCCGGACUUUUCUGUGAGCCCUCAGUCUGCAAAAGCAGACAGUUAAUUAGGCUGUUUUUUUUUGUUGUUUUUUUUGUGUUUUAGGCUGUUGUGUUUUUUUAAACUGGUGUUCAUAUCGGUGCUGCUUGUAUAAAAUACAUGACUUGUGUGCAAAGCUUAAAGAAAACAAAAACACCUUCGUACAAAAAUCACAUCUUAUAUUUUGUUUUCCCUUGUGCCCAGCUGUUAGCAUUUUGUCGCAGUGGCCUGCACACCAUAGAGGUCUCUGAUUGUGUGCGGAUGCUGCAGCCUCCGGACAGGAGCUCUGGUGCUGUACCGGUGCAUCCUCUGUGGUGCUUUAGGCAUUGCAGGGGUGUCGUUAUCUUACAGGCAUUUAGCAUAUGCGCUUAUUCAGAGCGACUUGCACAUCUUUUACCCCCAUUUUUUUCCCCCAUUUACGUAGUAUCCAUUUAUACAGCUGGAUAUGUACUGAUGCAGUUCUGGUUAAGGACUUUGUUCCGGGGUACUACCUGGGAGUCGAACCUGCAACCUCUAGGCAAGGUGACUGUGACGUCAGUCUGAGGAGAGACUAGGAGCCUUGGUGCUUGGUGCCCCCCCCCCGACUUUUGGCGCUUUUAUCCAGCACCCACUGCAGGCUGUGAUACGGUGGCUAUUUAACACGCCGGGGAUGAUGUCAUAAGCACAGUGUGCACUUUUCUGUCUCUUCAUCGUCCUCGAAUUGAAAGGAAUGCGUUUGCUUGCAAACAGAGAAGCAGAGCAGUGCAUUGUGGGGGCACAGAGAGUGUGUCACGUCUCGCCCAAUUAAUGCUCAUGGAGUGAUUUGAAUUUCUCUUUGAGACACUAUACGUGUGUGUGUGUGUGUGUGUGUAUAUACAGGAUAUAUAUGUUGUGUGUGUGAGUGUGUGCACGCGUGUCUGCGUCUAUUGGUUUUUAGGAUGUAUCCAUGUUCUCAAAGAGAAGCAAAGCUUUUUGAAGCUUUACAGCCAAAAUUCUGUUUUAGAAACUAAAGAAUUAAAAUAAAAAAUGAAUAAAAAAGAAUAGGUAUGGACUCUUCAUUUUGCUGAAGCAGUCAUUCAUAUAGGGGCUAGUAGGAAGAGUCCUUUCUUAGAUGCACUGGAAGGUCUUUUUAAUGAUGUUGUUUAUUAUGACUGUAAAGAUUUACUCUUUGUGUUUGAUGUUUGUUGUUGCUGUUGUAAGUUUUUUUUUUUUUUUUUUUACUGAUACCAAUAUUACCAAUAUCCAGGUAAAGUCCCAAUAUCCUUAAAGAGCAAGGUGCUUCCCUACACUUUAAACAAGGACAAAGCAGUCAUGCAAAUGCAUGUUGUUGUUUCUCUCGUGCUUAAGAGGGGGAAAAAAAUUAAUAAUGUUGAAAUCAAGUAUAUACAAGUUAUACAAAGUUUGGUUUUUUUUUUUUUUAAAUUAUUUAUCUUUUAUUUGCAUGUCCGAGACGGGAGUCAGGCAGAGGUCUCCAUGGCAACUGUCUCCAUGGCUCCUCCUACUGCCGGGUCAGUUUUUUCUGUGUCUGGUUUUAUUGGCUUUGCCCUUGAGGUUCAUAAGCCAGUCUCACCAAAACUGACCCUACAGGAGCUGGUGAAACGGCAGCUGAACCGGCCGAUUCCAGCCUCACAGGACAUUCAGUGGCUGUGACGAAGGGUUCCCUUCACACUCUUCAUUUUUAGGUGGGCAAAUAAAUCUUAAGAAACCAGUUUCCUGUGUAAAUAUUAGCACUAGAUGUGGAUCGACUUCCACAAGAGAAAUGCUGUCCUUUCUGGCCAAAUCUGAGUUGUGGUUUCAAGCAGGAAUCCCUUUUGUUUUUACAGGAUUCGUUCCUGGAUAAUAUUUGUAUAUUUAUUCUAAAACUGCUGAGUCCCACUGUAAAGCAAUUCUUUUUAUUUGCAUGAACUGUCAGCAGUUUGGUCUUCCUGCAAUAGCAACUGUUAUUCUUCAGGUUUUAAAAGGGUUUUUUUUUUUUUUUGGCUUGUUUUUAUAACCACAGGUAACGUGUAUGUUAACAAUGGUGCUUUUUCUGUGAACUUCCUCCUUCUCGACCGUGAUUGUGAAAUAGAGGCUCGCUGUUGCACAAUUAUGACUGCAUUUGUCUUGAAAAGACGCAUUUAUUUGACUUUUCCCUUCCCUUUCGUAAACACACACCAACCACCACUUCUAGCGUGUACUGUGAAGAUUACUGUUUUUGAGAUCUCAGUUUUCACAUUUGUGAUUGUUCCUACUCCUCAACCCUGACCCUAACCCCCCCUCUCCCUUAAUCUUUCUGUUCCCUCCCCCCCCCCAUCCCAUUUCCAUUGGUACACAGGUCACUCCUGUUUAGGUUAGACAUGCUGUACUUCACUCCUGCUUUUGUGUUAAAAUGUAAACACUGUGGACUGAAAUUGCAUGUUUGUUUUUUUUUGUUUUUUUUUAAUACAUAUACUAUUUUAUAUCUGUAGUAAUGACAGAGAAGGUUGAGGUGAAAUACCAACCAGUAGUUCUGCUGGUUUCAUCCCCCCCCCCGAUCAGGGUCUGAUUUAAACCUCCAGGUGAGUGUAUGUAAUCUCUAGCCAAACAGUGACAUUACUGGACUGUCAGGCAGAAGACAGAACCAGCAGCACUACUAUCCUUGGGGGCCACACUUGAGUGUCCCUGGCCUGCCUGUUCAAACUGUUUGGGUGGCGAUGGAAAAAAAUGUACUGUUUCUACACCGGUGCUUCUCUCUGGCAAUGCAAACAAUAUUGUGCGUUUGGUUUAACAUGCUUUGGGGGGAUUUUCCCAGCCUUUCUUGUAAUUGCUAAUAAAAUAAUGUUUCUUUGUAAUAA